CACUCGAAAAAACCGUUGGUCCUAGUUCUCGCGGCGGAAGGGCGGCUAGUAUUAGUUUGUCGCCGAUCGUCGAUGGUGCUGUCCCGGGACAGUGACUAAGUUUCGAGACGACUUCGUGUUUAAUUGUUGAUCCCGUGAAAUACUAACGUCGCGUACCUUGAAGUGGUUUUCGUCAGGACAGUGGCGAGAAUAAAGCGGAGGGAAAUUAGUAGGCGUCCUCCCGACAACGGACAAAAAUUUCUCGAGGUGAUUACUCGUCAAGACACGCAAAUCCUAAUGUUUUCGCAGAGAAGAUCAUAAAAACUGCUGACGGGUUGGUUAAGUCUUUGUGCUAUGCGUGUACAUUAUUGCACCGACUGAAGUACUGUUUAUUGGGAUAUCGUUUGCAGCAGAUAACCCCAAAAAGAAGAAAGAAAAAAUUGAUUGUGCUCUGAUUUGGACGUAAGGUAUCCUCUGAGGAACAAAGAGAAAUAGUAAACGAGUGACGAGUCGAGAUGUGUGUUUUUGGCUGCACCUAGCGAGCUGAAGAACGUUUUAUUGGAACUUUAUUGACUGAAACUAAGCAGUGUAUAUCGUAUAUGGCUGCGGGGAAAGAUGUUCGUCGAAGAGGCAUAAUAGUGUUUUUUUUUUGUUGUUGCUUUUUUGCCAUGAACUCUAAAUUCAGUGUGUGUCAAGUGAGUGUAAAGAAUGUUCGAGAAUUCAAUAGAGUCGGAUCAACGGGGAAAAAUAGCAUUGGUUAUGUUACUGCCGAUGCUGCUAAUGCUGCGUCAGAAAAAGUUCGUCGUCCUCGCCGCCUUCGUGGCCUGCGCCAACGCCGGAGCCCUCCUGCCAGCGGCCCCAGUCCUCCGGGCUGCUCCAUUGGCCUACGCCGCUCCCAUCGCCAAGAGCGUGGUCACCAAGGUCACCGACGCCGAGUACGACCCCCAUCCCCAGUACACCUACUCGUACGACGUCGCCGACUCGCUGACCGGUGACUUCAAAGCCCAGACCGAGACUCGCGACGGAGACCUCGUCCGCGGCAGCUACUCCCUCCUCGAGUCCGACGGCACCCGCCGCAUCGUCGACUACGCCGCCGACCCUCUGAACGGAUUCAACGCCGUCGUCCGCAAGGAGCCCGCCACCGUGGCCGUCAAGGCUGUGGCCCCCGCCCCAGUGGCCGUCGCCGCCGCUCCCGCCAUCGUCAAGGCCGCCCCAGUGGCCGUUGCUGCCCCGGCUCCUCUGACCUACGCCGCUCCCGCCCCCGUGAUCAAGGCCGCCGCUCCUCUGGCCUACCCCGCUCCGGCUUUCGCUGCCCCGGCUGCUUACGCUGCCCCAGCUGCCUACGCCGCGCCUGCCUUCCCCGCGCCAGCUGCCUACGCUGCGCCUGCCUUCCCCGCGCCAGCUGCCUACGCCGCCUACGGCCCAGCCUACGCCGGACCAGCUUUCGCCGCGCCAGCCUUCGCCAAGACCUUCUUCUAAGCCCUGGGACCUGACGACUUGUUGGCUCGGGACAGGCAGCACCGAUCACACCACUAAGAACAGAACACCGCCAGAGAUAUCAUUUUGUACCUUGAAAUAGAUUUAUUAAUUUAUUUGACACUGAUCCACACGAGCAUUACACGCCCUACCGAGUCAAUAAACUUUUUUAUUUUUAAAAUA